UGAUGAAAGAGAGAGAUGAUUAUGUAUCUGUUGUGUUGAAGGACAUUUUAAAGAAUAAGUUAAAUUUCUACUAACACAAUUCUCAAGUUGAUGAUGCAGGGCACACAUUUAGAUCUACAGUUAAGAAAAUAUAUAUGUCAAACAGUCAAACAUGCUGAAGUUUAAGAAGCCCUGCUACUGCUGUCACUGAGAUUAUAGGUAUUUAAUUACUUUUUGGAAGUUCACGGUCUUACAAGCACCGCUUAAAAUGUUUACGUGACUUUUGCACUGUACAUAUAGUAUGUCAAUUGGUGUAUUUGUAUAAUUUUUUGAUUGGCUGGCUGUCAACCAUAUAGUUUUUGAGAUUUGUUAUAGGAGAAUCAUUGUACUCAUUCCACGAAAAAUAUGUCGUGGAAGUAUUUUUUACACUAUCUGUCUGAUGGACUAAGCCUCAUUACUAUUGGCAUGUGCCUAGUAUUAAAAGUUCCUCAAAUAAAGAGAUUACUCAACACUAAGUCCGCAGUGGGAAUAUCUCUUUUGAGUCUGUCUCUAGAGUUGACAAGUUAUAGUAUUGUGACAUGUUAUAAUUAUACAAAUAAUUACUCUUUGUUGUCUUACAUGGAAUAUCCAAUUAUUCUUAUACAAGAGUAUUUUUUAAUAUAUUUAGUGCUAAAGUACCUGAAUUUGAUAAACAAUCAAAUACUCUCUGUUGUGACACUUUACGUUUUGGUUUGUGCAGGCUUCUUGACACAAAUUAUACCAAAGACAUUUUUAACUCUUUUAGUGCCAUUCUGUACACCAGUAUCUGCAUCUAGUAAAGUAGCUCAAUUGUUGACUAUUCUUAGAGCAAAAAAUGCAGAUGCAGUCUCACCAAUGACGUGGUUCAUAUCAGCAUUUACCAAUCUCACAAGAAUAUUCACAGUCUACAUGGACUCUGCUGAUAUAUUAAUCCUGGGAAAUUUUAUUGUUUCAACCACCUUGAGUUCUUCAAUAAUGUUUUCAGCUAUGUACUACAAGAGAAAGCUUAAGAAAAUUGAAUAAGUGGUAUUUUUUGUUAUGUCU